AUGAAUGUGUUAUGUGAGAAAAAAGAAACAGAUCUAAAUGUGUCUUCAACAUUAGAAGCAAAUAAUAUUGCAUUGGCAGCCGCAUCAUCUUCAAAUACUUCUGUGCCCUCAUCAACGUCGUCACCGUCUCCCAUGAAACGAUCUGCGCCUGAAUACGAACCAACUGAUGCUGACGACGAUGUGGAUACAUUGAAACGGUCGAAACGAACACCUUCAUCGUCUUCAACACAUUCGACUCUUUCAAACCCUGAUGGUAAUCAAGUUGAGGAAAUAACUAAUGGUGAAGAUGAAAUAUCUAAAAAUGAAUUAGAAAGUGUGACAUCUGAUCCUACAUCAAACUACGAUCCAUCACCACUACCAUCAUCAUCACAGAUUGACGAUGAUGAAGAUAGUAGCGAAAUGCUUUAUCGAUUAGCAUCAAUGAAAUCAACCAGCAGUAAUCAGAGAAUUAUAAUUAUUAAAUGUAUAGCUGUUAUUGUAUGUCUCAUUCUAGGCAUGGACAUCGAUGAUGAAACAUCACAAUCUGAUGAUGAUAAUAGUUUCAAAGGUGUUCCAAUUGAAAAUUUAACGAAUAUUUUACAAAAUGCACCAAAAUUAAGUAACAUGGAACACAUAAUGGAUACAAAUCAUACAUUUAUGAUAAAACCAUAUAAAUAUAAUGUAAAUAAUCCAACAGAGCCAGAGCCGAAUAAUGUACGCUAUAUUGACAAAUGGGAUUUUGAUCAUAUAAAAAUGCCUUGCUCAGAAACCAUUGAACAUUGUACGGGUCGUGAUUGGCAAAUUCUGUGUCUUGAGCAACUUUUAAAUGAGGUGUGUAAGAUUUAUACACCCGAAGAUCGUGCACAUUUCUUAUCCGAUGUUUUAUUAAAUAUAAUUACAUUGGCAUUAAAAGUUAAUGAAAUUUGUGGACAACCGCCACCAUUAUUGAAAAUUGGUUCGAAUCGAGCAGUAACAAUGUCACAAUUACAAUGUGCAUCUUUACUAUCGUGUGCAUUUUUUUGUCUAUUUCCUCGACGUCAUGAACAACAACCGGGAAGUGAAUAUGAAACAUAUCAGAAUCCAAAUUUUAAUACCAUAUUUUUUGGUUCUCGUCAUGGUUCUAGUCCAUGGAAAUUAGAAAAAUUAAAAUCAAUUUUACAUUAUUUUACUCGUAUUACACAAAAAAUGCCUAUUGGUGUCUUAUCAUUUCGUCGCUAUUGUCUACCAAAGAGCUGCACACCAGAAUGGGGUAAUUCAUCAAAUACAUUAUGUAAGAUACAUUUAACAAAAAAUAAGACUAUUGAAGAUAUGCACGGUUUCCUUCAAGUUGAUUUUGCAAAUAAAUACAUUGGUGGUGGAGUGAUGAAUCAUGGAUGUGUUCAAGAAGAAAUACGUUUUGUUAUAUGUCCAGAAAUGUUACUUUCAUUAUUAUUAUGCGAAGUUAUGGAACCUCAAGAGUGUAUUUUUCUUACUGGUUGUGAACGUUUUAGUUCUUAUAAAGGUUAUUCAACAACAUACAAAUGGCUUGAUAAUUAUGAUGAUCCAACUCCAAGAGAUGAAUGGGGACGUCGUUUAUGUCAUGUUGUAGCAAUAGAUGCUAUAUGUUUUAAUAAUCCUGCAAUGCAAUGGAAUGGUAAAUAUGUUCGUCGAGAAUUAUUAAAAGCCUAUUCAGCGUUUCGUGUACCUGCUGGUGAAAAAAAAUUACUUGAAGGAAAUGUAGCAGGUAUAGCUACUGGAAAUUGGGGUUGUGGUGCAUUUCGUGGCGAUAAACAACUGAAAGCCAUAAUUCAAUUAAUGGCUGCAUCUGAAGCUGAACGUCCGCUAAUAUAUAUUACGUAUCAUGAUCGUGUUUUGGUUGAUACAUUUUCUAAAUUAUAUGAUUAUUUAAUUCAAAAAGAUGCAAGAGUGAAAGAUUUAUAUAAAUAUUUAGCAGAAUAUUCACAAAUUGAGACGAAUCUAGAUAUAUUUGAUUAUAUAUUGACAACACCAAUGGCAAGUGAAAAAUUAGUGACAACUAAUAAAAAUACCACCAAUAAUACAACAUCGGAUGAGACGAAUAUCGAAUCAUCGACAAUUACAACGAAACAAAAUGAUGAUAAAGAUUCGUAA